UCCGGCGUCCACCCGUUCCGCAGUGCCAAGUCCAAUCCUCACCCACCAAGAGUCGGAGUCUGGCGGUUGUCUACCAUGUGUCAAUGUGUAUCGUAGUGCUUGUGUCUGGAUAACGACGUGUUGUGAUUCCCGCGUCAACCCCUCCGCCCGAGAUCGGAUCCCUUGUGCGCGCCACGAAUGCCCGCAGCCCCUCAUAGUCAUUAACGAGACCCUUUUUUCACGAGGAGGUUCAAAAUGCAGAUCACCAUGAGUCAAAGCCUAUUAUUUCUAGUCAUUAUUGUUGUUGCCACAGUUAGUAUAUUGGAUGCUGUUCCUGUUAGUCAGAGCCAAAUUAGUUCAGUUUCAGAAUCUCAUCAAAACACACUUAGUGACGCACUUAGUGAUCAAGAUGUUUUAACGCCGCUUAAAUCAUCUGAUGAAGGUAAAGCAUUAGUCAGGGAAAAACGAACGAUAGGUUUCCUGAGGACACUCUUCCCCGGCUUUUCUCAGCUAGUCGACAGAAAGAUACAACAGAUCACGAGAUGGUUGUUCCGAGUGAUCGGUCGGCUGGUCCUGCGGGGCGGCAACAAUAACGGGGGCGGGAGCUCCUCGGACGACUCUGGCGACUCGGGCGGCCGCAAGGUCUCCAUCGUUUUGCCCACCUACCCGCCGGCCGAGGACGAAGAGGACACCGACGCGCCCACCAGCGACAGCGCUGUCUCAGAGUCGGCUGUCUCGGAGGUCGCUGUCACCACCACCCAAGGGCCGUCGGAGACAGAGAAUCAAGUAGCCGAAUCGAAAACGUCGGAGGUGAAGGUGCGGAAAACAAGGCAGACGAGUGAUGACUCGAAAACUGGAGAGUCCUCCAGCGCCGCCACAGACACGGACAAGGACUUAGACACGAACGAGACGUCAUCGAAUGACGACACGAACGCGGACGUGGAGGACAACGAGGAGGCGCCGACGGAGGACGACGGCCGGAACAAGCGAUUCCUCUUCAACCUCGGCGGAGGCGGCGGCUCCGGAGGCGGAUCCGGCAACUUCCUCUUCGACAUCAUCCGAAGAACAGCCGACCGGAGCGCGAGAGCGGCAGGCCAGCUGUAUCGGGUUCUCGCUGGCACUGACAACCUGGACCUUACCUCCUACCCUUCACAAUCGGGGCGAACCCCCACGCCGCCGCAAAGCCGUUCGUUAGUAGCGGGUAGUGGAACGACUCAGGACAAGGACGAACAGGAGAACGCGCCGCUGGACUCGGGAAGCGCAGCUCAAUCGGUGCCGAAAGAAGACGGUUACAGCGCCGGCGUCCCCGGACCCUUGACCAGGCUCUUCGUCAUCGCCAACAGGGGCAUCGCCAACCUCAUCCAGGACCUCAUUCUGCGAUUGGCUCAAACCAGUGAAAGGAUCGUCAACUUCAAGGCCAGACUCAUCACAUCUAUCAUCUAAGCUCGGAAUGGAACCCAUUUGGAGUUUCUUUGGAGCCCCUCACGUUCAUCUGCAAACCCCGAUUUUCCGGCUCCCUAUCAUAAUCUACCUUCGCUCGACAUCCUGCUUUGGAUGUCACCCCUCCACGCAUGUUCCUGGAAAAUAAUGAGAGGCCACUCUCAUGGAUGGGCAAAUCAGUAAAACCACGAUGACUAAUACAGCUGUGGAGACACACGCUCAAAAAUCUGGAAAAAAAUCGACACAUUAGAAAUUCUGCAAAACUGCAUGUGUUUUAAUAUGCUCUGCUUGCAAAAUUCCGAAUAAUUAUACCACUAGGUACCGAUUUUACUUCAUCCGAAAAAUGUGGCUCCGCAUCCAAAAAUUCACAUCUUGCUCAGGUGAAUAAUUUUUUGUGUGUCAAUAAAAACACACCCUAGACAGGAGGCAUGGUGGGACAUUAUUCGUCUCAAAGUUUCAAAUAUCAAUGCUUACCUUUUUAAUGGCAUAUUCGAGUAGAUAAAGGAAUACGAGACCUUUUUUUUCAAAAUUUCCCAAAACUAGAUAUUCACAGUGAAAGAAUUACAUUCUACCUAUGAACAUAAUACAUUUUUAAUACGUAGAUUCCGCGUUUAAGAAGGAGUCGGGUAGAUAAAAGUACUUUUUAUUUGAACAAAAUAAUAAGAAUCUAGCUUGGAAAGAUCAACAAAGUGAGGUGGACCCAAUCAAAACAGCUCUACAAUUUGCGUUGUUUUAAUUAUACGCCGCAAUUUUAAAAAUGCAAACAUAGAAAUCCUGGAUUGCAUCUUCCAGUUAAUGUAUUUCUCGCAAAAUUUCACGAAGAUUCCUGGACGAAUCAUUUAUAGGAUGAGAAAAGGUGAUGAGAAUAAGAUCAUCAUACUCAAAUUUCUGACGUCUAAUAUCGUCUCUUGAGCUGAAAAUUCCUAGUGUAAAAUAUACCGGCAAGUUCCCAAUUUUAACCGAAAAAAUUGUAUCAAAAGCACCGGUAUACUUUGAAUGCAGACACCAUGGAAUUUUCUUCUAUAAGUUGUAGCUUCGUCAACUACAAUCAGCUUUCAGGAAAUUUGGGCAAAGUUUUCAAUCUUCACCAUUAGACAAACUCAGAGAGAAAUUCCAAAGGUGCAAAAACAUACUCCUAAGUUUCAGGGACUCUCUUACACCAAUUAACAAGGAUGCUUUUUAAGAUGUUGGUGAGUUUCCGCGUCAAUUAAGUAACGUUUUCAAGAUGUCACACACGUAACGUCAUACUUCGAAAUCGAAGCUUGGAUUUCAACUAUUCUUGAAACAACACCUCAAAAAAAUGGCCCAAAAAACUUUCACGGGUGAUUAACAGAUAAUUUUUUGUUUCAUUAAGAAAUAAAAACAAACAUUUGGCUAGUUUCACUCCUUAUCAAUUACCUUUUAAAAUUAUUUUAGUCAUCCUCAUAUAGAGCUAAACGCUCUUCAGAAAAGGAACAACGAUUCAUUUAAUUAACAUGAUGAGGAUGAUAUGGGCAAAAAGAUAUAUUGGAGAAAUCUACGUAUGACCUUUUUAACAUACAAAUUAUUCCUUUCAGACAAAAGAUAAAAACUCCUGGGCUGUUAUAAAUAAUUAUCUGCAGGUAAAAUUUACCGUUUAUUUCCUAAGCAUUAGUUACCAAAAAUGAUAUAAAUUACCUCAUAUAGUAUCGAGGUUCCUCUAAAGGCAACAAUUGGACUUUUACGUUUUCUCUUUCUCUCUUUUGUCUUUUACUCUCAUUAAGACGAUUUCCUCUUAAGUUUAUUCCUAACCUCGCAUAUCAGGGAAUUGUUCCCAAGCUGAACUUGCAGACACUUCACUUCAUUCAAAAAUUCAAUGAGCCAAUGGACAAGGUGUACAAAAUUCAUUUCGCGAUAGAAGGCAGUAUUCGCCAAAAUUUUGAAAAUCGAUUUCGAUAGCACUUUGACUUUGAGCUGAAACAAAAAUAUUUCAUGGUCUUUAUCAGUUGAGCAAUUUUAUGAGGUACGAGUUUUGAACUUCAUGUUGAAUUCAUAAAUCAAUAAUGCAUAACAAAUAGACAAAAGAAAAAAAAAUGCACCACGUGUGAAAAUCGACUUGUUCAAUCCAACAAAACAUAAUCCAACAUAUUUAAAUUCAAACCUUGUCUUUUAGAUCAUUGAAAAUGACACCAAUUGAAUGAUAAUGAGAGAAAGAGUAGUCCGAGGUAGACCAAGGGUCAAACUGUCAAACUCGCAUUCUCAAGCACCUACUGAAUGUGAAGAAAAAAAUACAUUCACUAGGUUGGAGACCCUGUUGCAUAGUUAGAAAAUUUGAUAUUUAAGUAGAUAGUACAUUAAUAUUAAUUUAGUAGGUAAAAUAAUGUUUACAUUUACACAGCCAGUCUUGGAACUCGUAGACAUACUGGUGCGAUAAAAUGUUUUAACGAAGGAAAAUGUGUGCCGUGUCUUAUACUUGGGAAAAUGCGAGCCUUUUGAUUUUGAAAGUGAUGAAGAGGGGCAUUAAUCAAAAUUUAGAGUAAGGUUCGUCUAUUCAAAUUAACUUGAUAACUUAACUUUCUAAAAUUUCCCUAGGUUCAUUUUUACGAACUUCUGAACUUCUUCCAAUUUAGCAAAUAUUUAUGAAACCUGACAUAUCGGUGCGCUUUAAACUCUGCAAAUUUUGGUCCUCAAAUUUCUCGAGGAUUGAGUAUUCGAGAAUAAAUAUCACUCUAACAUCAAGAACAGUUUAGUGAUAAUUCAUAGCGGUGAGAUUCCCUGAAUGUUUUAAAAUCUCACCAUGUAGUUUUCCUUUUUUCCUACAACUCUACGGUUGCAUUGAGCUCUCUUCACCCCGGCAAGAAUAGUGGCAAUUUAUAAGUUUUCGAAACUUUUCCAAACAUUUCCGAAUCGUCCUUUAUUUAUUAAUCAAUAAAAUUACAUAGAUUGUGGCGUCAAUCGUUCCAAAAUUGACGUAUCUACCUACGAGAUAAUUGUGAGUAUUUACUUUCAAGCUCCUCCAAAAAUUUGCGUUAUUGAAUUCCACGAUCCAAUCGUGAUGCUCUCAAGUAUUGCAUUAUUCUUGCCAGGUUUUAACGAUAAAAAUUAAAACUAUAGGUGUGUGGUUUGCGUACUUUAAAAUUUGAUAAAAAUUACGUGAUAUUUUGUACAAUUGAUCCUCCUUUGUUAUCACACGCUUAUCAAUGAUUUUAUGUUGGUGUCGACCAAUAUUCUACAAUGUAACAGCUUCAUAAUACAGUCAUCGAAAAUUUUUUGAGGAAACGCAAAUAAAGAGGCAAAAAUGUAUAAGAAACUAAAUAGAAAAUAAUAUAUUCAUAAUUUGCUGUGUGUCAUAAAACACCGCUUUCGUCAUUAGCACAGCUCAAAAUUUGGGUACAAUGGAUAGUUUUAGAACCCGAGUUGGUUCCUCUAAAAUGUAUUAAGAACAAAAAUGGGUCAGCUAGUGAUUUAAGGAAAUAAUAGUUGUUUUACUCUACUUUCCAAGCAUUAAAACCCACAAGGCAGUGAAAUUCCUCAACCCUUCUUCUUAAUUGUGUGCCUCUAAUGUCCAAUUAUCUAAAAUUACUCUAAUUCACCAGAAGAAAAAUGACUGCGAAAAAAACCCAACUACAACAACAAAUUAACACCCUGAUUAAGGAGGGUCAAUUUUACAAAAAAGAAAAAAAUAAGUAAGUGCUCAGUUUUAUCAUAUUUAAGAAAAUUAAAAAUCUUACUUUGUAUUUAUUUUAUCUUUUUAUUAUAGGUUUCAAAUGUCCUCAUUUUAGGGAGGGAAUACAUUUAAUGUAAAUACGGUAUUAUAUUUUUGUACAUAUUUAUGAUAAUAUCAUCACGAUUGAUGAGUCUAUUUUCAAAUGAAUUUUUUAAAAUUAGACUUUAAGAAAAUCUGUUCCAAAAGACUAAAACAUAAAUCGGGAAGAACAUACUUACUUACAGUUUUCAAUAGUCUAUCAGUGCUUACAAUAGUCAACAGUCUCUCUGGCUAAAAUCCAUAAAGCAGGAAUUAAAUAAAGCUCUGAUGCUGUUUCUGUACUUCCUGAUUUUUUUAUUUCAAUAGUGAAGUUAUCUAGAUGACGGGGGCCAAUUUGUGUAUUUCUCCAUCUGCAGAUAUCUUUCUUUGUCACUGAUACUAAUUUCUUUGAGAUUUACCUGACGUAGCGGAAUAUAUGAGGUAAAAGAGAGAAACCCAGAAAAUAAAAAUCCUUCAAUCCAGUGUAAAAUACUCCAAAAUGGGCAUACUUCCUUCUAGAUAGUUUCAUCAUCAAAAUCAGAAUAUCAACACGUGCAGAAGAAAGCGUCUUCAUGAAAAUAACCAUCGUAAAAAAUCUCAUCGUCCCAUUUCUUACUUAAUAUCUUAAUAGAACGCUGCAGGACUUUACAGCUGCAGUAUGUCAGCAUUACGAGGCCGUCAUGUCGCGCCUAGUGUAAGUUGACAUUCUUUAUGACUUAUCAAAAUAAGAAAAAAAUCUGCAAUACAAUAUAGCUCGGGAUAAGACAAUUUCAUCAGAAAAUCAAGUUCUAAAUACACAUAUAGGUCAAAAUAUGUAUUCUCUGGAAAUGAUUAUAAGAUUCCAGAUUUCGUAAGUGGCUUGUGUGACCCUUCAGAGCUCAAAUGUUACUUUAAUAAUCUGAUCCAGCACCGAUAUGAUGCCAUAUUUGGAUAGUACGUUUUGUAUAUGAUAAAAGUAUAUGCAACACAACUGUUGUGUGAUUUUAUGUAGAAAAUGUACAUUUUUUUCAUGCAGUUUGUUAUUUUAUUUUCAUUAUUUAUUACCUGGCGGCAAUCCCUCAUAAAAAUAAGUGAAAAAAAA